UCCUGCUGAAAAUUGAACAAAAAGGAGUGCGUGAGACUGGUUAACGAAUGAAAUUGUAUACAUACUUUAUAAUAUAUAUGUAUAAAAAGCCGUUGUGUUGCUUGGUAACGACAACGGACAUCGUACAACGCAAACAAUAAUAUAUAAAAAAAUGGUGUUUUUUGCUUCUAAAUAGUUCGUCCUCGCCUGUAUUUGGUACACAGUUAAUAUAAAUUUUAUUUAUUUGAAAGUUUUCACAACCAAUUAGUUUCUUCAACUUUGGUUUGAUUAUGGACGACGAUUUAUAUAAUGGGUUUCAGAGUAGUUUUAUGCAAAACUAUGAAAAUAGCAGAACCGACAUUGAUUAUGAAAAUACGCAAAAGCUAUCAAGCUAUGGGAAAAAAAAGAAUACGCCGAAAUUAUUAAGUCGUGAAGCUGCAGCAACAGCCCUAUCAUCCAGUACAUUAGCAAGACCGAUAACUGGAAUGCGACCAGUUGGAUAUACAUCAGAAGCUGGUCGUCAAUAUGACCCGUUUUUAAAUCAACGUCAAGCUAUAAAAAAAACCAUUUCAUUGGAUGUAAGGAGGCCAGAAGAACAGCCUGAAGAAAAAUAUAAAGGUCUGGAGAAAAAAAUUCUCUUCAUUCUCGAGGAGUCAAUUCUGGAAAGUACUUCAACAAAGGAUCUCAAUUUGUCAUCGGCCUUAAAUAAGGCGAAAGAAGCCUUUUCAUACGACCGCACAUUACUGAAAUUACGUGAUCAAAAUGGCGACAGCUCUUAUCAUAAUUCCGAUAUUACAUUUGCUGUGCUUUUCAAUUUGGCAAAUAUUUAUGCCAAGAGUAAGAUGUAUGUUGAAGCAUUGAAUACAUAUGCCAUGAUGACGAAAAAUAAGAUGUUUCUCAAUGUGAAUCGUUUAAAAUUGAACAUGGGGAAUAUAUACUUCCAAUUGGGUCACUUCUCAAAGGCAAUCAAAAUGUAUCGUAUGGCCCUAGACCAGGUGCCAAGCAACCAGAAAGAACUACGGUUAAAGAUAAGUCACAAUAUUGGAAUUUUGUUCAUAAAAAUGGGUCAGUAUUCGGAUGCAGCUACGAGUUUUGAGUUCAUCAUGUCCGAGCAGCGUGCGGAUUUGAAAAGUGGAUUGCAUUUGAUAUUGUGUUACUAUGUGUUGGGUGAUAUUGAGAAAAUGAAAAGGGGAUUUCAGCAUUUACUUGAUGUUCCGAUCGAAAUGAACGAUGAUCACAGAAUUUCCAACUUGAUGUCAAAUCCGUCCCAUCAGUAUGUAAUUGACUUCAUAAAAAAUGAUAAACUUGCAAUUCAUGAGAAUCGCCAGAAACAUUUGGCAAAGAAGAAUAUCCUUAUGUCUGCAAAUUUAAUCUCGAGCAUCAUAGAGGAGAACUUCAACGAUGGAUACACAUGGUGUGUUGAAAUGAUUAAAAGUUCACAUUUUGCCGUUCUUGCUAACGAAUUGGAACUGAACAAAGCAAUUAUGUAUUUGAAGCAGCACGACGUGCAUCAAGCUAUCGAAACUCUGAAAUAUUAUGAGAAAAAAGAGCCUGCUAUCGCAGCCAAUGCCACCAUAAGUUUAACAUUCAUUUAUAUUAAAAUGAAAGAUGUGGCUAAUGCAUUGAAAUACGCCGAAAUCUCUCGAGAUAUCGAUUCAUACAACCCAGCUGGAUUUGUGAACAGCGGUACCUGUGAAUUUAUUCGUGUGAACUACAAUGCUGCCCAGAGGUAUUUUGAAAUGGCAUUGGAAAUAGAUCCGACUGCUUUUGAAGCGUUAUACAAUUUGGGCCUUGUUCAUAAAAAAACCGGUGACUUUGAAAAUGCUUUAAGCUGCUUUCACAAGAUAUCUGCCACCGUUUCGAAUAAUCAUCAUCCGCACGUGAUAUUUCAAAUGGGUAACUUGUAUGAGCUUUUGAAUGAUACAAGCGGUGCAAUAGAAUGUUAUACGAAGCUGCUUGGUCUAGUUAAUACGGAUCCGAGCAUUUUUCAGAAAAUUUCGAACAUGUACGAAAUAGAUGGUGAUCGACAAACUUCUUUUCAAUAUCAAAAUGAGGCGUAUCAGACUUUUCCUUGCAAUUUGCAAACGAUAUCCUGGAUUGGUUCACAUUUUAUUGAUCUCCAAGUGGCUGAAAAUGCAAUCACUUAUUACGAGAAAGCCGUAUUAGCUACUCCAAAUAGUCCACACUUCUUGCUGCGUAUCGCUGGGUGUUUACGACGUAUUGGCAAUUCACAAAAAUCACUCAAUUUGUUUCAAGAUAUUCUCAAACAAUUUCCUGAAAAUGCUGAUUGCUAUAAAGCUCUCUUACACUUGACGCAAACCCUCAAUAUGGACGAUUUGUAUCAGAAAUACUACAAUGAAUAUCAGCGCAUCGAAAAAUUACGUGAAACGCGGCAAAGAAUUGGAAGCAGUCGUCCAACAACGAAUAGCUCACAACGAAACCGACGUGGAAGCGACAAGUUAAUGCAUGCAAUGCUCGGAAAUAGUAGCGUGGAAAAUGCUCAUUCAAGUUCAACACCAAGCAGGAACUCCGAUAAAAAUGAAAACAAUAUGGCCAAUGUGUGUGGUGAUCCUUUGACCAGCUCCUAUGCUGAUCCCUUGGGACCAAUGGCGGAAAGGCCACGCACUGGGAAGUUGAGAAAUUCAGUUAAGGAAGAGUCAGAUGAAGAUUUUGAUGCUGAAGAAUUAUUACCAAUUUAAUCGGAAAUCUUAAUUUUUAACUGAUGAAAUGAUUUCAUUUCUUCACCCUUUUUUGAAUUCGUGUUAUAUGUAGCAAUGCAAUAAAUAGAAUGUCAAACUAAAA